AUGUCCAGGGAGGGAGAAAAAACUCUUAUCUGUGUGAAUUUUGCAAUUGGCCAGAUUGAUUAGCAUUGCUGCAAAGUCAAUCAGCGAGGGUAUCUACUUAGAGGUAUCAAUUUGAGUGUGUGUGUGUGUGUGUGUGUAAUAUAUAUAUAUAUAUACAUAUACUUGUGGGAUAAUGUCCAGGGAGGGAGAAAAAACUCUUAUCUGUGUGAAUUUUGCAAUUGGCCAGAUUGAUUAGCAUUGCUGCAAAGUCAAUCAGCGAGGGUAUCUACUUAGAGGUAUCAAUUUGAGUGUGUGUAUAUAUACCUGUGGGAUAAUGUCCAGGGAAGGAGAAAAAAACUCUUGUCUGUGUGAAGCAAGUGUGAAUUUUGUAAUUGGCCAGAUUGAUUAGCAUUGCUGCAAAGUCAAUCAGUGAAGGUAUCUACUUAGAGGUAUCAAUUUGAGUGUAUGUAUGUGUGUGUGUGUAUAUAUAUAUAUACACCUGUGGGAUAAUGACCAAGGAAAGAGAAACAACCCUUGUCUCUUUGGAGCACAGUAAUCAUGAAUAGCACUGAGUAAUCAUGAAAUGUUUAAAGUCAAUCAGUGAGGGUAUCUGCAUAGAAGUAGCAAGUGGAGUGUGUGUGUAUGUAUGUGUGUGUGUGUAUAUAUAUAUACACCUGUGGAUUAAUGUCCAGGGAGGGAGUAAAAACUCUUUAUCUGUUUGAAGCAAGUGUGAAUGUUGCAGUUCGCAAGCUUGAAUAGCACACAGUAGCCAUGAAGUUUAUAAAGUCAAUCAGUGAAGGUAUCUGCAUAGAGUUAGUGAAGCAAGUAUCUAGGGAGGGAGAACGAACCCGUGUCUGUGUGAAGCAAGUGUGAAUGUUGCACUUGGCAAGCUUGAUUAGCACUGAGUAGCCAUGAAGUUUACAAAGUCAAUCAGUGAGGGUAGUUGCAUAGAGAUAGUGAAGCAAGUGGAAUAUAUAUAUCCGUGGAAUAAUGUCCAGAGUGGGAGAAAUGACCGUUUGCAGCAAGUGUGGAUGUUGCAAUUAGCUAGCUUGAUUAGCAUUGAGUAGCCUUGUAGCUACAAAGUCAAUCAGCGAAGGUAUUUACAUAAAGGUAGUGCAGCAAGUGGAAUAAUGUCCAGAGUGGGAGAAAGAACUCUCUGUCUUUUUAAAGCAAGUGUGGAUCUUGCAAUUAGCUAGCUUGAUUAGCAUUGCUGCAAAGUCAAUCAGCGAGGGUAUUUGCAUAGAAAAGUCAGGAGAGAAUGCUACUUGAACUUGGCCAUGUUGAAAACUCUCUUUCAGAGGAAGGAAGCUGCACAAAUCCUGCUGAAUCAAAACCCUCUGCAAUCCCUGCAUUUAUUUUGCAGGGCUGGAAAAAUCUCGACACUGGGUGGAAACAAUCAGAAAAGACCUUUUCCUGCCAAUUUUUUUUUCAAUGUGAAUUUGGAUCCAACCGACCACAAGUUUUUCCAUGCUUGACCUGAAUCAUCGCAAUCUGGUGGCUGUUAAACCACUGUGAGUUUUUCAGGCUAUAUGGAAUGUUGCAGUUAGCAAUUGGCAAGGAUGCAAAGUCAAUCAGUGAGGGUAUUUGCAUAGGGUUGGCCUGGCUGUUGCCCCUGGAGGCAUCCUUUGUUUGGGAGGUGUUAACUGGCACUUGAUUGUUUGCUGUCUGGAAGUCCCCAGUUUCUCAGUGCUGUUUCUUCUGUUUGGGCUCUAUGGCCACAAUCCCAUAGCAUUCUCUCCUGACGUUUCACCUGCAUUUGUCGCAAGUGAAAGUGAAGGACAUAUAUACCUGUGGAAUAAUGCCCAGAGUGAGAGAAAGAACCUUUGUCGGUUUGAAGCAAGUGUGAAUGUUGCAAUGAGCAAGCUUGAGUAACACUGAGUCGCCAUGAAGUUCGUAAAGUCAAUCAGUAAGGGUAUCUGCAUAGAGGUAACAAGUGGAGUGUGUAUGCAUUUAUGGAAUAAUGUCCAGGGUUGGAGAAAGAACAUUUGUCGGUUUGAAGCAAGUUUGAAUGUUGCAGUUAGCAAGCUUGAAUAGCACUGAGUAGCCAUGAAGCUUGCAAAGUCAAUAAGUGAGGGUAUCUGCAUAGCGAUAGCACGUAGAGUGUAUAUAUAUAUACCUGUGGAAUAAUGUCCAGGGUGGGAGGAGGAAGUCUUGUCUGUUUGAAGCAAAUGUAAAUGUUGCAGUUGGCAAGCUUGAAUAGCACUGAGUAGCCAUGAAGCUUGCAAAGUCAAUAAGUGAGGGUAUGUGCAUAGAGGUAGCAACUGGAGUGUCUGGAAUGAUGCCCGGGGUGGGAGAAAGAACCCUUGCCUGUGUGUAGCAAGUGUGAAUGUUGCAAUUGACAAGCUUAAAUAGCAGUGAGCAGCCAUGAAGUUUGCAAAGUCAAUCAGUGAGGGUAUCUGUAGAGAGGUAGAAAGUGGAGUGUAUAGUGGAACAAUGUCCAGGGUGGAAUAAAGAACCCGUGUCUUUAAAGCAAGUGUGAAUGUUGCAAUUGACAAGCUUGAAUAGCACUGAGUAGCCAUGAAGUUUGCAAAGUCAAUCAGUGAGGGUAUGUGCAUAGAGGUAGCAAUUGGAAUGUAUAGUGGAACAAUGUCCAGGGUGGAAUAAAGAACCCGUGUCUGUUUGAAGCAAGUGUGAAUGUUGCAAUGAACAAGCUUGAGUAACAUUGAGUCGCCAUGAAAUUUGCAAAGUCAAUCAGUGAGGGUAUCUGCAUAGAGGUAGCAAUUGGAGUGUAUAGUGGAACAAUGUCCGGGGUGGGAGAAAGAACCCGUGUCUGUUUGAAGCAAGUGUGAAUCUUGCAAUGAACAAGCUUGAGUAACAUUGAGUCGCCAUGAAAUUUGCAAAGUCAAUCAGUGAGGGUAUCUGCAUAGAGGUAGCAAUUGGAGUGUAUAGUGGAACAAUGUCCGGGGUGGGAGAAAGAAUCCUUGUCUGUUUCAAGCAAAUGUGAAUGAUGCAACUGGCAAGCUUGAAUAGCACUGAGUCACUGUGAAGUUUGCAAAGUCAAUCAGUGAGGGUAUGUGCUGAGAGCUAGCAAGUGGAGUGUAUAUAUAAGCAGAAUCCGAACAGGUCUAUUUUUCCCCGUAAUUCUCUGCAAAUUACGUCUCUCCAGAACUUUGCAAGGUUGGCACAACCAGGAGACUGGCCUGUGGGGCGACGUGGUUUGGGAUUUGCUCGACGGGAAACGUCAGAUUGAUGUGGUUUUUGGCAAAGCGUGAAGCAGGAAGUUGAACCGGUGGCGGGUGCGAAACCAGUGUAGCUCCUGCCUCGCCUCUCUUAUCAAGAUCCUGGGAGCGAUAGAGGAGUGACUCACUCCAACCCAGGGAGACGGAAAGAGACAUGUGCCGAGAAGGGGGAAGGAGGUGAACCACCCCAGCAGAGGCCCAGCGUCCUGCCAUUGCGAGGCUGCAAAAACCAUGCGGCGGGUGGUGCGGCAGAGCAAAUUCCGGCACGUCUUUGGCCAGGCGGUGAAGAAUGACCAGUGCUACGACGACAUCCGUGUCUCCCGUGUCACAUGGGACAGCGCCUUCUGCGCCGUCAACCCCAAGUUCGUGGCCAUCAUCGUGGAGGCCAGCGGCGGUGGGGCCUUCCUGGUCCUGCCCUUACACAAGACCGGCCGCAUUGACAAGGCCUACCCCACGGUGUGUGGCCACACGGGGCCCGUGCUGGACAUCGACUGGUGCCCGCACAACGACCACGUCAUCGCCAGCGGCUCAGAAGACUGUACUGUCAUGGUCUGGCAGAUCCCCGAAAACGGGCUGGCGCUCUCCCUGACGGAGCCGGUGGUGGUCUUAGAAGGCCACUCGAAGAGGGUGGGCAUCGUGGCCUGGCACCCCACGGCGCGCAACGUGCUGCUCAGUGCUGGUUGCGACAACGUCAUCCUCAUCUGGAACGUGGGCACGGGCGAGCCCCUCAUCAGCCUGGAGGACAUGCACCAGGAGAUGAUCUACAGCGUCAGCUGGAACCGCAACGGGAGCCUCAUCUGCACGUCCUCCAAAGACAAGAAGGUCCGCGUGAUCGACCCCCGGAAGCAAGAGAUUGUGGCCGAGAAAGACAAGGCGCACGAGGGAGCGCGGCCCAUGCGUGCCAUCUUCCUCGCGGACGGGAACGUCUUCACCACGGGCUUCAGCCGCAUGAGCGAAAGGCAGCUGGCCCUCUGGAACCCGAAAAGCAUGGACGAGCCCAUCGCCCUCCACGAGAUGGACACCAGCAACGGCGUCUUGCUGCCUUUCUACGACCCGGACACCAACAUCAUUUACUUGUGCGGAAAAGGUGACAGCAGCAUCCGCUACUUUGAGAUCACGGGCGAGUCUCCCUACGUGCACUACCUCAACACCUACAGCAGCAAAGAGCCCCAGCGAGGGAUGGGCUUCAUGCCCAAGAGGGGCCUGGACGUCAACAAGUGCGAGAUCGCCAGAUUUUUCAAGCUCCAAGAGCGGAAGUGCGAGCCCGUAAUCAUGACCGUCCCUCGGAAGUCCGACCUUUUCCAAGACGACUUGUACCCGGACACGGCUGGCCCGGAAGCAGCUCUGGAAGCUGAGGAAUGGUUUGAGGGCAAGAACGCCAACCCCGUCCUCAUUUCCCUGAAGCACGGCUACAUCCCCGGCAAGAACCGGGACCUCAAGGUGGUCAAGAAGAACAUCUUGGACAAUAAGCCCGCCGCCAACAAGAAGAGCGAUCUCAUCAGCGCCCCAAAGAAAACGGAUUCCUCGCCAAACGAGGCCAAAUUGGACGAGAUUUUGAAAGAGCUCAAGUCCCUGAAAGACACGAUUGCCCAGCAGGACGAGCGGCUCUCCAGGCUGGAGGAGCAAGUGGCCAAGAUGGCCGUCUGAGGGUCCUGGGGGAGCCACGCGAGGCGGGCGGCAGGACUCGAACCGGGGCCCAGGGCAGGGCCCGGCCUUUGGGAAUCUCCUCCGAAAAUCCAGACGAUGCCGAUCCCGUUUGCGCGAAACUCCGCCUGGCCCGCCGUGUCGACUCUCUUGCGGAGCCGUUGGACUUCGGACCACGAUGAACACUUUGUUUUUGUUUUAACUCGAAAGUUGCCAAAAUCCACUUUUUUUUCCUUUUUGUUUACCGUUUUGCAGUAUUUUAUAUUGAAGCCGUGGCCUCGCCAACCGCUAGACCCCCUUGGCUCCCCAACCAGACCCUUCCCGCUUCUCACUCCCCGUUGGACACGUGUGGUUGUCCUGCGCUGCGUAUCACAGCCUGCACUGCCAUGAUUCCAACUCUCUGUUGUGCUUUGCUUUCAUUCCAUCGUUUGGUCCGUUCCUCCUGCCGUUUUGAGAAGGUCCUCAAAACUGACUCGUCCCAGUCAUUGACAAUCAUUUGGGGUUUCCUCUGAAGAUGUUCUCCAAAACUUUAACCUUCUACAACCAUCAUUCAGGGACCUUCUCCAAAGCCCGAGCUUUUUGAAGCCAAUAUCUGAAGAUGUUCUCCAAAGCCUUGACCUUCUAGCCAUCAUUUGGGGACCUUCUCCAAAGUCCUGGCUUUUUGAAGCCAUCAUCUGAAGAUGUUCUCCAAAGUUAAAUUUCUACAGCCAUCAUUCAAGGAUCUUCUCUAAAGCUCUAGACUUUGGAGCUCAUCCUCUGAAGACUUUCACAGGAUGGCCUCUUGGAGAAGGUCUUUGAGAAGGUCCCCAAAUGAUAGCUGUAGAAAGUUAACUUUGGAGACCAUCUUCAGAUGAUGGCUUCAAAAAGCUAGGGCUUUGGAGAAGUUCCCCAAUUAAUGGCUGUAGAAGAUUAACUUCAAAGGAUGGGCUCUGAAAUCUAGGGCUUUGGAGAAGGCCUUCAAAUGAUGGCUUUAGAAGGUUAAGGCUUUGGAGAACGUCUUCAGAUGAUGGCUUCAAAAAAACUACGAAUUUGAAGAAUGUCCACAAACGAUGGCCGUAGAAGGUUAAGGCUUUGGAGAACGUCUUCAGAUGAUAUCCUCUGAAGGCUAGGAAUAUGGAGAACCUCUUCCGAUGAUGGCUUCAAAAAACUACGAAUUUGGAGAAGGUCCACAAAUGAUGGCCGUAGAAGGUUAACUUGGUCUUCAGAUGGUAUCCUCUGAAGGCUAGGAAUAUGGAGAACGUCUUCAGAUGAUGGCUUCAAAAAACUACAAAUUUGGAGAAGGUCCACAAAUGAUGGCCGUAGAAGGUUAACUUUGGAGACUGUCUUCAGAUGAUGGCUUCAAAAAACUACGAAUUUGGAGAAGGUCCACAAAUGAUGGCUGUAGAAGGUUAACUUUGGAGACUGUCUUCAGAUGAUAGCCUCUGAAGUCUAGGACUUUAGAGAAGGUCCUCAACCAACGGCCUUCGAUCGGGCCUCUUCAACCUGCAGGCCUUUGGGUGUUUUGAACUUCAGCUCCUAGACUUUCUGACCAUUGGACAAGCUGGCUAGAGCUUCUGGGAGUUGGGAGGGCCAUGGGUUGGAGAGGCCUGGACUGCAGUGGGGUCGAAAUGGCAAAUGCCCUCAACCACAGUGGAGUGUUGUCUCCCUCCAUGGUUUUCCUUCUCAAGUCUUGGCGAUGUUCCUCAACUCCAGGAAACCCGGUGUCCAGGACCGAAGCUGGGGAGCCUUGCCAGAAGUGGCCUUCUGAAGCAGAAGAUCCUUCUGGGCAGUUGGUUGUCGCUUGGCUGGGAUCCUUCUGGGCAGUUGGUUGUGCCAGGCUUGGUUUGGCAGGGAAGCGAAAGGAUCUGGGAGGAGCAACUAUCACCAAAGAUGUCCCUCCCAAAUGUCCGAGAUGGGAUUUAGAGUACGGUGCCCUUAAGGAUGCCCAACAGGGACCAGUCCUCGAACUAGGGAGUAUGUGUUGACAUGUUUUGCUCAAUAGCUGGAGCAUUGACGGUGGUGUGGUGUUUCUUAUAAUUAUGAUUAUGUCAUGUUGAGAGCGUCAUGGGAUGAUUCUGUGCCUAGGAGCAGAGCGGAGGUGGCACGGGAAUGUGGGGAAUCGUAUGAAAAGGAUAGAUGCAGGUCGGGAAGGUGUGGGUGGGCGAGCAGGAAUGUGCCCGGGAUGGGCGAGUGAUUUGGAACAUGUGGCGAAGUCUGGGCAGGAAAAGGGAAGAAGAAACCGGGGAUGCUCCUCCCUUAUUGACUUGUACCAGAGCGAGUUUGCUCGCGUUGUCUCCAUAUUUCGGACACCCGUUCAGCCAUUUGAGACCAAGUCUCGUCCGGAAUCGGUGUCUCGCGAGGGAGGGAUGCACUCUUAUAGAGCGCCCGGAGGAGUCUGUUCGGAGAUUGGCUUCUGAUUUCAGAAAUUAAAAGUCAUGAUUGGUUACAAAACAAAA